AUCCAACUUGAAAAAGCAUAGUCCCACACGUCCGAACUAGGAUUGUAACACUUCCAAUGAUCCUGACCUCAAAAUAUUAGUGACUAACCACCUUCCUAAUUAAUUCCCUUCUCCUUUUAAAUUGCUCAUCCACUUUGAAUUGCGGACCUAAAAUCAAUAAUGCCGGCGGUUCACUCUAGUCCAUACUACCAAAUGCAGAAUCCACCCAUCAUGUCUUUACUCCAGCCAGAUUCAGGGGGGAAACAGAGGAGGCCAAAGUCAUCAUUCAGCGGUGGACUAUUGCGUAUAUUCAAGCUCUUCCCUAUGUUAACGUCUGGCUGCAAGAUGGUUGCGCUGUUGGGCCGUCCUCGGAAGCCUUUACUGAAGGAUAGUGCCACCACGGGGACGAUCUUCGGGUACAAGAAAGGCAGAAUCUUUUUAGCAAUUCAGGAGGAUCCCUACUGCUUACCGGGGUUCCUGAUCGAACUUCCGAUUCUGACCACCGCGCUUCAGAAGGAAAUGGCGUCGGACAUAGUCAGGAUUGCACUGGAGAGCGAGACAAAGACGCACAAGAAGAAGCUGCUGGAGGAAUUCGUCUGGGCGGUGUAUGUUAACGGCAGGAAAACAGGGUACUCUAUCAGGAGGAAGCAACUAUCGGAGGAGGAACUUCAUGUGAUGCAGCUUCUCCGGGGAGUUUCGAUGGGUGCUGGAGUGCUUCCAUCUCCGAACGAGAAGGAGACAGCGGACGGGGAAUUAACGUAUAUGAGGGCGAGGUUUGAGAGGGUGGUGGGAUCAAAAGACUCAGAAGCUCUGUACAUGAUAAACCCAGAUGGAGCACAGGGGCCUGAAUUGAGUAUUUUCUUUGUAAGAGCACAUUAGAAUUUUGUAGAAGCACUUGUAUAACCUGAACAAUAUAUGUUUAAUUCUCCAAGUUCUUGACCCAAUUUCACUCCUUCAAUCAUCUGCUAUAAUUAUUCAAACACAUUUGAACACUGACCUUAACUCUUCCAGACUAAAGUCAUAAUUCGGAUUCAAAAAAUAUCCUUACGAAUCUUGUCCAGUUGCUUUUCAAGUUAAAACCCUGUUUUAGGCUUCUUCUCUUUUCUAUGCUAAUGUGGUGUGAUUU